UGUAUGUGGGAUGAACUUCCACACAGAGCCAGACAUUUUUGAAUGCCUACUUUUUCUGGAGAUCUUGAUGAGGAUAUUCAUUUGCAUAACUCAGAACAGCUCAGGAUCCUGAUCACUUGUCAUGGGAGCAGCACACAUCUAAUGAUACAAGAAGAAGGCAACAAGGGCAAAAGGAUGCAAAAUAGGAUGGGCAACUUCAAGUUAAUAAUGGAGGUUCUUCAAAAUGUGAUGAUUUUAAUUCCUGCUUUACCGAGAACUUCCACAUGUCUCCACCUCUGCAUCUUCCAAACCCAUACCUGUGCUCAAUGUUCUACCUUUUCUCGUAUCAUGGAUGGAUUACUCAUGCUUCUACCUUGUCCAAUAAAUAUCCUCAUGUCCACAGACCUUAUCCCCAUUGACUACUCCUGGCAAUGCCCCCAACAAUUCUACCCUCUUUGCCAUGUAUCUGAUCCUGCCAUCUUCACUGAAAUUAGGGAAUCCAUUUUAAUGGCAGCAUCUCCCAUCUUCAUUCAUACCCUACAGAGGACAAUCACAGUAGGACAUAUCAAAAAUGCUCGUACUCGCACCAAUGCAUAUCUCAGUGAUGACAGCCUGGCUGACAACCAACCAACCACCAGAAAAACGAACAAGGACAACUUACAUCUUGCAGCCCCGGCCAAAUCAUCCACUGACCGCAGUGAGCCAAGGCGAGACCAGACCAAAUUGCCAACCUACAGAACGAUUGUUGUUUAA